UUUUCCUUAAUAGCGUCCCGUCUCCAUGGAGAUAGGCGUGAGGUGGGACUUCCUGCCUUACGCGCAAGCACUUCCGCUUCGAGCCGGAAGCGCCUUGAAUAACAGGAUUGACUCCGGCGUGUAUAGGGUUCUUUUAGAUACUGAGUGGCGGGAACGUUGUAGCCACCCGCACCUGCAUCGGGCGCGGUGAUGCUGACCCCCGCAUUCGACCUUAGCCAGGACCCCGACUUCCUGACUAUCGCCAUCCGCGUGCCCUAUGCUCGGGUCUCCGAGUUUGACGUGUACUUCGAGGGGGUCGACUUCAAGUUCUACGCCAAGCCGUACUUUCUCAGAUUAACCCUUCCUGGAAGAAUUGUAGAAAAUGGAAGUGAGCAAGGGUCCUAUGAUGCAGAUAAAGGAGUUUUUACCAUUCGAUUGCCAAAAGAAACUCCCGGUCAGCAUUUUGAGGGGCUGAACAUGCUGACUGCUCUCCUUGCACCCAGAAAAUCCAGGACUGCGAAACCACUUGUGGAAGAAAUAGGUGCUUCAGAGAUUUCUGAAGAAGGCGUAGAAGAUGAUGAUGAAGAAUUUGACUGGGAAAUCGAACAGUCCCCCUACGAGGAGGUAUCAGAAAGUGCUUUGAAUCCGCAGUGCCACUAUGGAUUUGGCAACUUACGAUCAGGAGUGUUUCAGCGGUUACAGGAUGAAUUGAGUGAAGUUAUUGAUAUUAAGGAUCCAGAUUCUAUUCCUGCAGCUGAACGAAGACAGAAACGCCUGGCUGCCGAGCUGGCCAAGUUUGAUCCUGAUCAUUACCUAGCUGACUUUUUUGAAGAUGAGGCAAUUGAACAGGUUUUGAAGUAUAAGCCUUGGUGGGCUGAUACAUAUUCAAAAGUGAUGGCUUCUUUGGGAAAGAGCCAGGAGCAAGAAAAUCAUGCUGCACUAGUGUCUUUUUCUGAAGAUGAGAAAUAUCAGCUACGAAAAUUUGUCAAUAAAUCUUACCUGCUGGAUAAGAGAGCCCACCGUCAAGUGUACUACAGUUUGAUUGAUAUCCUUUUGGCCUAUUGCUACGAAACUCGUGUCACUGAAGGAGAGAAGAAUGUUGAAUCCGCAUGGAAUAUCAGAAAAUUGAGUCCAACACUGUGCUGGCUUGAGACUUGCACUAACGUUCAUGAAAUCCUGGUGUCCUUUGGAAGAAGAGUUUUGUGCUACCCACUUUAUCGCCACUUCAAGCUGGUGCUGAAAGCCUGCAGAGAUACUAUAAAGAUACUACAACUAGGUAAAAGUGCAGUUUUAAAGUGUCUCCUGGAUAUUCACAAAAUUUUUCAGGAAAACGACCCAGCUUACAUUCUGAAUGAUCUCUACAUCUCAGACUACUGUGUGUGGAUUCAGAAAGCCAAGUCCAAAAAAUUGGCAGCUCUUGCAGAAGCCUUAAAGAAAGACUCUCUUACAAAGGCCCAGCUGGGAUUCGAACUGGAAGAACUGGAAACGGCGGCCCUUCUUGUCCAGGAGGAAGAAACUGCAUUAAAAGCAGCCUGCUCAGCUUCCAGGCAGCAGACACCUUGCUGCAGUCCUGAGGCAAGUGAUUUGGAGGAAUCGGACAGCACCUCAUCCUCCACAACCCAAGACUCAGAUUCAGAACAAGACGAGCGCCAAGAGAACGGAUCCAAGACAGCAGGUUCUUUGCAGGGUCCCCUUCUUGAAGAAAGCAGUGCCCUGCUUACUGAUGGUGUUGAGGUAUGCAGAAACAUGGCCCUCCUGAGGUCUGAGGGCAGUCAGGGGAAACCACUUGCCCUUUCUUGUGCUCCAGGAAGGUCUGGGCCUUUAAUAGAGGAGCUGGAAGACCAACUGAAAACCAUAGUCCAGAUUUCUGAGGCCGAGGGCUCGGUUGCUGGAAACCACAGCAGUGUGCAGGAAAGAGACGACCGGCAGACACCUAUUCAUUGAUUCCAAGUGGUCUUAUUCCUUGUCAAGAAUCAUGUCAGAUUUGGUUGCAUCUGUGAAUCAGAAUUCCUCAUUUUCACCCUGUACUUUUUUUUAGUAUAUAUAACAUUGUUUUUCAGUGAGCUAAUGUUUGUUUAUACCCUUUGCUUUCCUUGUUGCAGCUUUAAAAAUAAAGUUCAAAAGUGUUUUUACCAAAGUAAAACAAAGUAUGUACAAAAGUAAUUAAUAUUUGAAGAUGAAAAUAAUAGUUCUACUGCCAGAAUCUCUAGAAUGUGGAGUCCAUUAAUAUUUUUAAUAGCUUUACUGGGAUGUACUUGACAUACAAUAGAUUACACAUAUUUCAACUAUACAAUUUGAAAAGCAUUAACAUGUGUAUAUACCAAGUGAAACCAUCACC